AUGGCCUCACGAUUCCCACGUUCAAAUCUUCAUCAACGCGAUCCCCGCGCCUCGUCUUCCCUUUUCGACUCUUAUGGCGGCGAUUCUCGGCCGGCCAGUCGAUCUCCUGGCCGCAUAGGAGGAUACGGAUACGGAGGCUACACUCCACCGGCUGGCGAGGGCUUGGGGACUGGCGGGCCUACAGGAGGAUACAGGACAGCAACUCCGAACAAGAAAGGCCAUUACUCGGAUGCUGUUCUCGACCAUUUGGAGUCGCAGAACGAUGCAGAGGUGGAAGGAAUCAGUGCAAAGGUCAAGAUGUUGAAAGAUCUUACUGUCGCCAUCGGCGAUGAGAUCCGGGAUACCUCGGCGAUUUCCGACCUCAACAACACUUUCGAGAACACUAGAGUGCGUCUCCGCGGUAACAUGACCCGUAUGCUGCGGAUGGCGGAGCGCACCGGUGUGGGCUGGCGAGUCUGGCUGGCCUUCUUCCUGGCUGUCUUUUUGCUAUUCGCGUAUGUGUGGAUAACCUAG